AGCUCUCGAUCUCCUCCGUACUCUAGUCGAACGCCUUGCAGGUGCACCGCUCGAACCCCUCAUCCAGAAAACCCGGACAUGCGCCAGCUCUGUUUUGAAAGAUACGGAGCUUAAAGGCUGGUUUGACGACUUUUUCUCUUCGGCUCGUCAGAACCUAUCCGAACCUGGUUACGCACGUUCAGAGGAAGCUCGAAAUAAACGUCGUGAGCUCCGUGUGCGCUGGAGGACUUUACUUGAGAAGGACGACAAGUGGAGGAAGGCUGUUGAUAACGUGAAAAUUGAAUUGCGGAAAAUUGAGGCUGGGUUGAAGAUGAGUGAGGAUUUAAAUAGGGUUAGGGAUGCGCAUGAGAAGUUUGGGAGGGAUAUGGAAGAAAAGUUGGUUGAAGUUAGGACGGGUGUGCAGGCUGCGAUCGAGCAGGCCACUUGGUUCUGGCAGGACUUGUUUAAGGUCUACGUUCCGAGGGUACUCUCCAAGAUGCGAAAUGUACCUAUUCCGAGAACUGAAUACAAAGACGACGAAAUUGAAUUUGUCCUCGAGAACCUGGACAUCUCAUCCUUCAACAUCCUUCCUUCACAUGUCUACAUACGCAAUAUCACUGAUGUUGAUAUACUCACUUCAGACACUCCCUCCGCUCCCUCGCGUACCGCCGUAGGGACACUCACGCACGUCCGCAUGCAAGCCAUACAAUUACCCCUCAAUGACGUCUCAUUCUGGUACCGCGACAAAACGGCUUCGGCUAUUACGCCUAAUGAAUUCACGGGUCUCCUAGGGCUCACCCUGCCCACUAAAGGCAUCAACGUCGACCUCAAAGUCCGUCUCGUCCCUUCCACCAUCCCGGCCAACUCUAAAGACUCCCGGGCCUCUCUUAAACACUUCCAUGUCAUUGAAAAAGCAUCUGUAUCCAUCUCGGAAGACGUGAACAUUGAAGUGAAGGAGAGUAAUCAUUCGGUGUUGAUGACGCUGUUUAAGCCUAUCAUGGUUAUGAGGUUGAAAGACGCUUUGGAGAAGACUUUGAGUGAGGAGUUGAGGGGCGUUGUGGAGUGGGCUGAUGCGGUUGCUUGGGAUGUUGCGAAGAGGAGGGAGGUAUUUGAGGAUACGGGGUUGGGUGGUGGUGGGUCAUUGAUGGCGGCGUUGUGGAGUGAAUUGGGAAGAUUGCAGAGGGAAAGGAGAGAGGAGGGUGAGAGUGUUGGUUGGAGAGCGACGGGUACGGGUGUUGUUGUUGAACAACAGAAAGGGGAAGGUAAAGGAAAGACGGCGUUUGCUGUUGGUGCUGAACCGCAGAUCUUGGAAGGGGAGAAACGAGGACCGUUGGGUACAGGAUCUGAGAGAUUGAAAGAUAAGAUCGAGAGCGAGAUGGAUGUGGAUGCGAGUGUACUUGAAGGACGAGCCAAGGAUUUGGUGAAAGAAGGUAAGAGGCAGGUCGAAGGGUUUAGGAAGAGCGUAGAGAGGAAGAAGGACCAGGAGUUGGCUCAGGAGGGUUGGCAGAGUGCAAGUUUUGAUUUCUGAGUUUAUCAAUUUUAUUUAUGUAUCACGUAUCCCACAAUUGUAAUCGACCACACUGCCACGGCUUGUUUAUCUCCCCGACUCUCAGGUCAUAGCUUUCGACUUUGCCAAAACACAUUCAUAGAUUCAUUCAACUGUCCUGGUGGGAUGGCAAUGUUUUC